AUGGAUUACAAUGGACUUGUUCUUAAAGUAGAAGGUAACGAGUUGUUAAUAAAUCAAGUGAAUAAUGAAGGUACUAAAAGGAAUUUUAAUUUAUAUUUAUAUAAAUUAAAAAGUAAAAAUGACAAAUUAAGAUAUUAUGAAAUAAAUAAUUGUAUAACAUCUGAAAAUUAUGUUAAGGGAUAUAUAAAUGAGAAUAGUAAUAUGAUAUUACUUUAUGAUGAACAGUUUUAUAUAUAUGAUAAUGAGAAGAAAAAGAAAAGUUGUUUAAUAAAUUUAAGUGAUUGUGAACCAGUAGAUUUUAUAUAUUUUAAGAAACAUUUAAUAUUUAUUGAAAAUAAAAAAAUAUCUUUAUUUCAAGCCAAACAAAAUGGAAAAAGUAUGGUCAUGUUAAAUUUAAAAGAUAUACCAUUAAAAAUUAAUUUUUGUUCCUAUAAAAAUUUAUUCUAUUUAUGUACAAGUAAGAGAUUAUAUUUUUUAAAAUUAAUUUAUGUAAAAGAAAACAAAACAUUAAAAGUCAAAAAUACAAAUAUGAGUCUUCCUAUUAAAAAUAUAAAUGAUCAAUAUGCAUAUCACUCAUACAGAAAUUUAUUCCAUAAAAUCGAUCAGCACUAUAAGGAAGUUAUACAUGUCUGUUGUUAUUCUGAUCGAGAAGUUAUUAUUUAUAAAUUUGUAAAGGGGCAAUAUAAAAAUAAAAAAAAAUGUUUACACAAAUUAGCUAUAAAGGAAUUUAAUAAUGACAAAAUUCGUGGCGCAUUCUUUUUUAAAGUCAAAUUGGAAAAUAAUCUUAAACAAAAAAACAGAACAAGUGGUUAUAUAAAUGAUACGACUGGUGAUAGCAACACCAACCAUAAUAAUAAUAAUAUUGAUAAUAUUGAUAAUAUUGAUAAUAUUGGUAAUAAUAAUAAUAAUAAUAACAACAAUCAUCAUAAUAAUAUUAAUAUUGCUCAAAACACAAUUGAUGACAAUCACUUAAAUGAACCAACUGAUGACGAAGAUAUCAUCAAAUUAUACCUAUUAAUAUAUAACCAAUGUGGAAAAGUUUUGAUUUAUUUUAUUGAUUACUUAAAUGAGAAAUAUUUUAAAUUUGGAUUAACUCAUAUCAAAAACGAAUUUGUUGUAUAUAUGCAACUACCAUUUAAACCAUUUUAUAUAUAUAAUACAUCCGAUAUAUUUACAAAAAGAGUAAUAAAACAAAAAAAUAUUAUACAAAAAAAAAAAAAGUUAUCAAAUAAUUAUAAUAAAUAUUUAGAAUAUAUAUUAAAUAAAGAAGUAUAUGUUAAAAAUCAUUUUUUCCUUGAGUGUGUUUUAGUAGAAGAAAAAUAUGCAACUAUUUACACUAUUCAAAUUAACCAUCAAUUUUUAUCAAAUCUUGUAGAGGGACAAGUAUUAGUUUGUAUGGAUUCAAAAGAUUCAAAUCAUAAAAUGAUGGCAAUAAAAGAAAAAAAUGAAAAUACUGAUAAUAACAAUGAGAAUGGUAAUCAAUCUAAAUUAAGUCAAAUGUUAAAAGAAUCAAAAUUUUCUUGUUAUUCUGAUAGUGAUUCUUACAUAGAUAGUGAAAUCACAUGGACCGAUAGUGAAGAAGUAAGUGAGAACUUAUCAUUUUAUACAGAUACAGAUUCACAAGUAGAAAAUGGUAUAGAUAAAAAUGAAAACACAAAGGAUAACAUAAAUGAUGAUAAGAAAAUAAAUCAAAAUAAUAAAGAAGACAAUCAUAAUAAUAAAAUCAAUUCAGUAGAAUUAUCAUUACAUACUGAUACUUGUUUAAAAUCAGAUGAAGAAGAAUCUAAUGUUACAACUUAUUUGAAUAAUUUCAAAAGUAGUGACAUACAAAAGGAUGAUAUAAAUAAAGAGUUAGAUGAAAAUAUAACAUAUGUAGAAGAAUGUACUACUAAUAAGGAAAAUAUUGAUAUGAUGAAUAAAUAUGAUGAACAUGUAAGUGAUAUAUAUAACGAUGAAAUUAUUUCUGAGAACAACAUAAAAUUUUCUGAAGAUAAUUCUUAUAUAAAUAAAGAAAUGUGUUUACCAUCCAAAAAUAUAAAUGAAGAAGAAGUAGACGAUGAAGUGACACAUUUCGAAAUAGGCGUUGAAUCAAAAUUAAAUUUACAAGACAAUCAUAUAAAUCAAGUGGAAGAGAAUAAAUCAAAUAUAAAUUCGUUACAAGAAAAUACUGAUAUAUAUAUCAAAGAUAAUAAUAAUAAUAAUAUAUCAUGUAAUGGAUAUGUUGAUGUGGUAAAUCAUAAAAAUAUUGAUAAUAUAAAUGAUACAAAUAAUAAAUUAGGAAAUAUUACAGAAGAUGAUUUUAAUAUUUAUGCUAAUAAGAAUACUAUGGAAAAUAUGUCAGAAAUGGAAAUGAAUAAUUCAGUUCCUAAAGAUAUAAAUAUGUAUUACGCAACACAAUAUAAAAAUUCCAGUGAUGGAUCAUAUAAUUCUUCUUCAUCCAUGCAAAAUGCAAACAUGAAAAAAUCAGGAUAUUCUCACUCGAGGGACGAAAAUAGCGAAGAUAUGUAUUAUAUUAGUGAUGGCGAAGGCGAAUAUUAUGACUUAAAAAAAAAUAUGGAUGAUGAGACGGAAGAUGAAAUGAAUGAUGAAACGGAUGAUGAAAUAAAAGAUGAAGUAAAAGAUGAAAUAGAUGAGGGAAUAGAUGAUAAAAUAGAUGAUGAAGUAAAUGAUAAAAUAGAUGAUAAAAUAGAUGAUGAAAUAAAUGAUGAAGUAAAUGAUAAAAUAGAUGAUAAAGUAGAUGAUAAGAUAGAUGAUGAAAUAUAUGAGGGAAUAGAUAAAAUAAAAGAUGAAGUAAAAGAUGAAAUAGAUGUUAAAAUAGAUGAUAAAGUAGAUGAUAAAGUAGAUGAUAAAGUAAAUGAUAAAAUAAAUGAUAAUAUAAAUGAUAAUAUAAAUGAUAAUAUAAAUGAUGAAAUAAAAGAAUAUAAACCAGACAUGCAGGAAUUAAAUUGCGAGAUAACUGAUAAAGAACUAAUUCAAAAUGAGAAUAUUGAACAAAUUAAUAAGAAGGAUAAUAUUAAGAGUGAUAAUGAUAACAGUGGUUAUAAUGAUGAUAAUAAAAAUUUAGAGAAGAAAAGCAAAAAAAAAAGAAAAAAAGAAAAAGAGAGUAUAGAAGAAGUUAUAACAACAGAUCAUGAAUCCUCAAAAAAUAUUAGAGAAGGAAAAAAAAUCAAGAUAUAUGAAAUAGAGAAUGAAACAAAGCAAAAUGUACAAAAAAUAGAAACUGAAAAACAAAAUAAUAAUAUUUCAAAAGGUAAAAAAGAUGUAGAUGCUAUAUUUUCUGAUUUAGAUAUGGAAUCAUGUAAUAAUUCUACAAAUGAAUUAAAUAAUACGUUAGGAAAUAAAACUAAAUAUAAUUUCACAACAAUGUCAUCUAUGAUUAAACUUAAUAUUUCUUUAAAAAGAUAUUACAAUUUGAUUGAUUUAAUUAAUGUAAAAGAUUAUAAAUUAGUUAAAAAAACCAUUGCUAAUCUUGGUAAAAAAUAUUGUAUUAAAUUAUUAGAAUUUCUUUUAGAUGCAUUACUUAUAAAUAAAUAUUUUAUGAACAGGUUUUAUAUAUGGAUUAAAAAUAUUUGUAAACAACAUAAAGAUGUACUAAAAUCAAAAAAAUAUCGUAAACUAAUAACAAAAAUAUCAGAAUUAGCCAACAGUAAUUUAAAAAAUGAAGAAAUAUUAAACCAUGUUAUUGAUAAAAUAAAUUUUACAAUAGAUCAUAUAAUUAAAAAUCAAGUUUUUGAUAAUGUAGAAGUACUCAAUUAUAGAGAUGGAACAAUAAUAAAAUGA